ACAUCGGUGUAAAGGAAAAUCCAUCAUCAUGUCCAUACUUGUGUGUGCAGAUCGUAACUGAAGACCGGUGAUUUGUCGCUUUAUUAACUGUCAAUCAUUCCUCUUCUUAACCACAAAGGAUUUUGAGUAGCCAUGGACUACAUUAAAUCAAUACCAACUCACAUGGAUUACAACGGCCAAAAGCUUGCCGAGCAGCUGUUCCAAGGAAUCAUCCUUCUCUUUGCUGUUGUUGGGUUCAUCUGGGGUUAUGUCUGCGAGCAGUUUGUCCAGACCAUCUACAUUCUCGGAGCCGGGUUCGUCCUGUCGUGCAUAUUGACGCUACCCCCUUGGCCGAUCUACCGCCGGAGCCCCAUCCAGUGGCAGAAACCUCGCGAGGAGGCCGACACGGAAACCAAGGAAGUUGCUCCAGCGAAGGAGAAGAAAUCCUCUAGGAGGAAGGAAAAGACCAAGUGAUCCAAUACUCUCCAUCUAUCUCUCUUGUUAAACCCCACCCCUAUGGACCCUUACCUAAGCAACCCCUCCAAAACACAAAAACACAGAAAGAAAAUGCUCUAUGUGUGCUGCAUGCGCACAUAGAGCAGCAAUCGCUUUUGUUGGCAAAAUCAUUGUCCUGUUGGCUGUAUGAGGGGGAUGAUAUUCACACCCGGUCUCGGACCAACACUAAAUCUCCCAUGAGGCCUUUUCACACUAGAGCCUCUCAACCCGGGUUAAACUCGACCCUGGGCAAACCCAGUGCUGCCCCGGGUUGAGUUUUUGAUUUUUCAACCCGCCUUCAAUCCUGCAUCGUUUCAUGUUUGGUUCUUGCAAACCAAGCUUGUUUCUCGCGGUUGCCACUGUUUUGAACCUUGGCGAGAGUUUCAACCCGGGUUGAAAAUCUCCUCCAGGGUUAAAAAUCUCAAAGGUCCUAAAUUCAUACAAUGGCUUAGCACUGAUAGCCUUGCUUUCUUUUAAUGCUGUUUUGAAAUAUGUCUAUUUCUAUAAUUAUUUGAAGCUAGUGAAUUGUUCAUUGUGAUUGCAAAGUUGUUAACGUAAACAGUUAACCACAUGAUAUCUCAUAAUAUUCGGUGCCCUCUAUGCCUCAGACAAACCAUUCAUAUUAUAAUUACUGACGAAGAAAUGAUAUUAUAAUUGGUAUUCAUUCCAAUACAACAUUAAAUAGUACACGUGUACUUU